GGUACGUAAUAGAACAAAAACCAAAAAACGAAAACUAAACCUCUAGCUUGUAGCUGCAAUUAAUUCGGAAGUAAAUUAUCGGAUUUUAAAAGCACUAUUCGAUCAACAUACGGCUGUUUUAAGCAAUUGAUAAUUUCAAUCGUCGAUUUUCAUUUCUGAGCAUUCUUCUGUUGAGUUCGCCCCUGACUGAUACUCUCUCACUGGAAUCACUCUGGUACCAAAGUUGAAGAGAGUAAUUCAAGCCAGACCGGCUUUUUGAAAGAAGAGAAAGCUUCUCCCCAGAGAAAUACACAGAGAGAAGGGGAAAGAAAAAGGGAAAGCAAAAGGAAAAGCAAAAAUGCGCACCGAUCCAAACAUCAUCAUCACGGGCACGCCAGGCGUCGGCAAGACGACGCACGCGGAGGUGCUGGCGGAGCGGACGGGGCUGCGGCACGUCUCGGUGAACCAGGUGGUUAAGGAUAGGGAGUGCCAUGAGGGUUGGGAUGACGAGUUUAAGAGCUGGAUUGUUGAUGAGGAUAAGUUACUCGAUGCGCUAGAAGAAGAUAAUAUCAAGGCUGGUGGUUGCAUUAUAGACUGGCACGGCUGCGAGAUCUUCCCCGAGAGCUGGAUCGACCUGGUGGUGGUGCUGCGGGUGGACUCGAGCACGUUAUACGACCGGUUAUCCUCAAGGAAAUACCCCGAAGCAAAACUACAAGAAAACAUAGACUCGGAGAUCAUGGAGGUGCUACUGCAGGAGGCGCGGGACAGCUACGACGAGCAGAUCAUCGUCGAGCUGACGAGUAACUCGACCGACGAGAUGGAGAGUAAUGUCGAUCGCAUCGAGGCGUGGAUUAGGCAGUGGAAGCAGGAUCAUGCUGCGGAUGGGGGGCAGUAGGGGAUGUGUUGAAUUAGUGAAUGUGAUGAGAUACCCGUGAUUCCUCCUUGGCUCGUGAUGUGAUAUUUAGUAUAAUAUUCUCAAAAAAUAAAGUGCAAAUCAGCCUCCUAUAUUAUUUC